AAGGAACAAUGCUAUUAGGGGCGUCGUAAUUUCAGAAUUGCCUUAACAAGUACCACAGGUGAGUCCUUUUUCUGUUAUAUUGAUGCUAAACAUUCUAGGUUUAUAACCAGGUAAACUAGUCAUGCUCGUUUCCGCAUGCCCUCGAAAAUUCCUUUUUCAUCAGUAUGGCAUGCCAAAAAAAUCAUAAGCUGAAGAUGAUGGAAAAUAAUAAGUGCUCGCCGAGCAGAAUUCCGUUUUGGAGUCUGGGUCACUCCAGACUAGCAGAUGAGCAAUGUGAAGUAAAAAAAUUGUCUCACAUAAAUAAGCUUAAAUUUCCCUCUCUUUUUUUUUGUGUGUGUGCAGGCAACAACCUGAUUCAUUUACUGUGGUGCAAAGAAUAAUCGCAUGCGUCUUGCUCAGUUCUGCCAGGAAAAUCCUCCAUUUGAAGUGGAAAUAGGAGGAGGUUUUCCAGAAUGGAAAUUGAACCUCUCCUUGACGAUCUGGGCAGCGCUUCCUCUUCCCAGCAGCAACUUACCGUGGACAGCUAUGGCCUGAGUAGUCCGCUGUUCCUGGCCCAGCCAACAACCACUGGAGCAAGCACAUAUCUGCAUGCUGCAGCCACCAGCCCCGGGUUGUGCAAUUUUAAUAGCAGCCUUGGACAAAACCAAUUUCAGAUUGCCGCAGGGGGUAGUAGCCCUGAGCACCGCCAGAUCAGAUCAAACGAUGCUCUUCACUACAUAAGCCAGAUGCUAAUGGAGGACGUUGAUGAGACCCCGGUCGGCGUGUGCCAAGAGGAGGCUGCUCUCCAGGCUGCCGAGAAACCAUUCCGUGACAUCCUUGGGCCUGUAUGCCCGCCGGCUACUAACUGGCCGCCAUUGCAUAGCAACAACGAAACAGGUGACUUUCAUAAUAGUUGGACCAGCCGUUACAAGAGGCUCUGGAGCGCUAGCUUCAGUAAUGACAACUACAGUUACAGCAUGUUACAGCCCUUAACAAACCCGUUGAGUCCAUAUACUGGCUCUGUACAAAAACGUCCAUUUAUAAGUGUUGGACUGACUUCUAGAUCUGGUUUCCCUGCCUUGCAUCGUCAGAGAGGUGUCAAGGAGGCAACAAUGGCUGCUCCAAGUAUUGAUAAGCUGGUGAUAUAUUUAGAGAAUGGCAUACUUUCUAUUACCAAACUGACUACAAAUGCGAAAGUAGGAGAGAGGAGCGAAAAUGCAAUCUUUGAGGUGGCAGACCCAAGUGACCCAAGCGAAAACUGGGAUAUCUUGGAAGGAAGGAGCAAUAAACAUCUUGCCUUCACUACUUGUGCAAUAAUCCGGAAUGAAAAUUUCGACCGAAUUCUGCUAUGCUAUGGUCGGAAGAGUUUCGAACAAAUAACAAGAUCACGAAGAGGGAUGGCAGAGGAAGGCAACAAGAGCUCGAUGAAAGGCCGGAGCAAAGGACAUCAGAAGUUAUGGCAGAGGAAGCAACCGAGGAGAGAGUUGGUUGAUCUCAGGACUCUCCUCGUCAAUUGCGCACAAGCUGUGGCAGAACACGACCACCUGGUGGCCAGUGAACUCCUAAAGAAGAUAAGACAGCACUCCUCAGCAGAUGGUGGUUGUACUCAGAGACUGGCAUUUUACUUGGCGGAUGGCCUCGAGGCACGCUUGGCUGGGAUUGGGAGUCAGGUUUAUCGCAACCUCAUGGAGAGGCGAACAAGUACCACAGAUUGGUUAGACGCUUGCAGCCAUUUUCAUGCAUCCUGCCCUUUCGACAGGACGUCACACUACUUUGCCAGCCAAGCAAUUCUUGGUGUUUCACAAGGGCAACCAAGGGUGCACAUCGUUGAUUUCGGUAUCGGCUUCGGCCUUCAGUGGCCAUUAAUGAUUCAGAGGUUUUCACAGCAAGAAGAGGGAGCCCCUAAGCUUCGGAUCACAGGUAUAGACAUUCCCCAGCCAGGUUUACACCCCUGCGAAAUGAUUGAGGAGACAGGGAAGCGGUUGGCUGAUUAUGCAAACAUGUUCAAGGUACCUUUUCAGUAUCAGGGCAUUGCAGCUUCAAGAUGGGAGACCAUCAAAAUUGAGGAUCUUAACAUUGAUGAGGAUGAGGUUCUGAUAAUCAACUGCAUGUUCCGGAUGAAGAAUCUCGGUCAUGAAACCGAAGCCGUAAAUAGUAGGGAUAAGGUGCUCAAAACUAUGAGGAGGAUGAAGCCAAAGAUUUUUAUUUUGGGCACCGUGAAUGGGUUAAGCUGUUCACCCUUCUUCAUACAACGCUUCAAAGAGGUUAUGUUCCAUUACUCUUCACUGUUUGACAUGCUAGAUGCAAAUUUUCCUCCAUGGGAUAACAAAGCAAGAAAGAUGAUUGAGAAGAUCCUAUUUGGGCAGGAUGCACUUAACAUCAUAGCAUGUGAAGGUGCAGAAAGAACUGAGAGGCCAGAAAGUUACAGGCAGUGGCAGGCAAGGUGCCUCAAGGCUGGGUUCCAGCCGCUUCCUGUCGAUCCAGCCAUCUUAAAGAACAUAGUACAAAUGAAGAACAAACUUUCUCAUGAGGAAUUCUUUGUUGUCGAAGAUCGCGGUUGGCUGCUACAAGGAUGGAAAGGGAGGGUACUUUAUGCUAUAUCUAAAUGGAAACCUAAUGAAACAUAUGAUGAUAAGUAAGAUUCAAACAGUUUUACCUUUCCAGAGAUUAUAUAUGAUGAUAAGUACUUUAUGCUGUUGAAGACAUCUUCAACUUUCCGGCAAAGGCUACAGUGGCUAACCACUCUGUUUUACCUUAUCUUUCGUUCUUACCCCGUUUGUAAGGCUAUAAACCCAAGGUUCGAGAGACUUCCAGACUAUUCUGCUUGUAUUGGGGUAAACCCUAGCCGCCAGUGUUCCUGAUUGGUCCUGAAGGUGUUAUCUGAGCUUCGCCCAAGUUCCUCGCAAUCAAGCCCCGAAUUCGCCAUGUUCCACUGUCGUGGGUGAGUGCUUCCGAAUUAGUUCUUCAGCCCCUAGCUGGGUCUGCUGGUCAUUGUUUUGUAUAGUGAACAAAAAGGUGACUGUAAAAUACUUUGCUUCUGUCGUUCUUUUUAAUUCCUGGUGAACAAACUGUAUUGGAUCCACCAGACAUGAGAUUAGUGGAAACACUGGAUUUGCUGCAAAGUGCAGAUUAUUGCACUGCCUACCGCUCAAAACUGGUGACAAGGACUGUCAUUUCUAGGUUCUGAUUUGAAGACGGCAAUUGGACUUAAUCUAAACUGGAAUCCAAUAUAUAGAAUGCACCAAUGUUCACAUACUCAUUACUCUCUCCAUAUCACAACUAGGUAGGUGGGUGACGUUUUGAACAUGUCUUGUGUCAAACUUCUACUAGUACUUCUUAAACUAAGAAUGAAAAUCAGAAAACCAUAUUUACAGAUUUUUUUCAAAAAAUACGUUGGGGAGAAUCAUAUGUACUCUUCCUUGGCCUACGCCUUUGGAGGGGACUACCAAAUCACUAAGGAAACAUAGACAGGGAGCCGA